AUGGAUCUUAGAAGGUUGACGAAGUCAGAGUUAUUGUUUUUGUGCGACGAGUUGGGAGUUGAGGCGGAUGAAAAGAUGAAAAAGGCAGCUAUCCAUAGGGAAAUUCAAGGUAGUGGCAAUGAUGAUGAAAGCAUUAAGAUCGCUUGGGAGGUGCUACAAGAAACGCGGGAGCGGGAGCGUCAAGAAUGUGAGCGUCAAGAACUAGCGAAGGAACGUGAGCGUGAGCGUCAAGAAGGUGAGCGUCAAGAACUAGCGAAGGAACGUGAGCGUGAGCGUCAAGAAGGUGAGCGUCAAGAACUAGUGAAGGUACGUGAGCGUGAGCAUCAAGAACGUGAGCGUCAAGAACUAGCGAAGGAACGUGAGCGUGAGCGUCAAGAAUGUGAGCGUCAAGAACUAGCGAAGGAACGUGAACGUGAGCGUCAAGAACAUGAGCGUCAAGAACUAGCGAAGGUACGUGAGCGUGAGCGUCAAGAACCGAAAGAACGUGAGCGUGAGCGUCAAGAAGGUGAGCGUCAAGAACUAGCGAAGGAACGUGAGCGUGAGCGUCAAGAAUGUGAGCGUCAAGAACUAGCGAAGGAACGUGAACGUGAGCGUCAAGAACGUGAGCGUCAAGAACUAGCGAAGGUACGUGAGCGUGAGCGUCAAGAACGUGAGCGUCAAGAACUAGCGAAGGAACGUGAGCGUGAGCGUCAAGAACGUGAGCGUCAAGAACUAGCGAAGGAACGUGAGCGUGAGCGUCAAGAAGGUGAGCGUCAAGAACUAGCGAAGGAACGUGAGCGUGAGCGUCAAAAACGUGAGCGUCAAGAACUAGCGAAGGAACGUGAGCGUGAGCGUCAAGAAGGUGAGCGUCAAGAACUAGCGAAGGAACGUGAGCGUGAGCGUCAAGAAGGUGAGCGUCAAGAACUAGCGAAGGAACGUGAGCGUGAGCGUCAAGAAGGUGAGCGUCAAGAACUAGCGAAGGAACGUGAGCGUGAGCGUCAAGAACGUGAGCGUCAAGAACUAGCGAAGGAACGUGAAAGUGAGCGUCAAGAAGGUGAGCGUCAAGAACUAGCGAAGGAACGUGAGCGUGAGCGUCAAGAACUAGCGAAGGAACGUGAGCGUGAGCGUCAACAAGGUGAGCGUCAAGAGCUAGCGAAGGAACGUGAGCGUGAGCGUCAAGAAGCGAAGGAACGUGAGCGUGAGCGUCAAGAACGUGAGCGUCAGAACUACGGGAAACGUGAGCGUGAGCGUCAAGAACCGAAGGAACGUGAGCGUGAGCGUCAAGAAGGUGAGCGUCAAGAAAUAGCGAAGGAACGUGAGGUGAGCGUCAAGAAGGUGAGCGUCAAGAACUAG